ACGCUCACCGGCGCCUCGCCCUCCUGGCAGCGCCACCAGCACCGCGGGCGGCGGGCUGUGUGCGCGGCCGUCUGGGUCCUCUCGGCCCUCGUCCCGCUGCCCGAGGUGGUCCACAUCCGGCUGGUGGACAGCUUUGAGCCCAUGUGCCUCUUCAUGGCGCCUUUCGAAACGUACAGCACGUGGGCGCUGGUGGUGUCCCUGUCCACCACCAUCCUGGGCUUCCUGCUGCCCUUCCCUCUCAUUGCCGUCUUCAACGUGCUGACGGCCUGCCGCCUGCGGCGGGCGGGGCGGCCCGAGGGCCGGCGCCACUGCCUGCUGUUGUGUGCCUACAUAGCCGUCUUCGCCAUCUGCUGGCUGCCCUACCAUGUGACCCUGCUGCUGAUCACACUGCACGGGACCCACAUCUCCCUCCACUGCUACCUGGCCCACCUGCUCUACUUCUUCUACGACAUCAUCGACUGCUUCUCCAUGCUCCACUGCGUCGUCAACCCCAUCCUUUACAACUUUCUCAGCCCGGGCUUCCAGGAUCGGCUGCUGAAAGCUGUGGUCCAUUACCUUCCCAAGGCCCAGGCCAGGGAGGGCAGACGUGCCUCCACCUCCUCCUCCUCCUCCUCCUCCACCCAGCAUUCCAUCAUCAUCACCAAGGAAGGCAUCCAUCCCCCUGCAGCGGGCCCUCACCUCCACCCGAGCCUAAACUUCCAGGCACCAAAUACCCCACCCACCUCCGCUCCUCAGUCUCUCAUAGCCAGCUGAGGAGGAUUCCAGUCUCCUCCACCAGCGAAGCAGAAAGCUGGAAGAGGAGGUGAGAGACUUUGGGGGAGCACGGGAGAGGGUCAGAGCACUCAUGGCCGAUUCUGAGUAUAUCUUAAAAUACUGAGGUGGGGAGGUGGGGAGUUGGGGAUGGGGAGAGGGGACAGGGAGGGACAGGGAGCAGGUCCUUGUGUUGUGAUAUUUGACGUGGCCCUGGUGUCUAAGGGAGACACGCAGGGGAAAGGGUGAAAUAAAGAUUAGAGACAGCCACGAC